AUGUUUCUCGCAUAUGUCCCGCCAGUCUACUCACGACCUGUGACGAUGCAGGGCAAAGUCGCUGAGUUGCGCCUCGAGCUCAACAGCGGCGGCAAAAAGGACAAGAACUUCGUGCAGAAAAAGGUCGCCCUCAAGAAGAUUGUCGCCAACAUGACCAUGAGCAACAACGAAAUGGUGUCACUGUUUCCCGACAUUAUCGGCUGCAUGCACAUCCAGAGUCUAGAGAUCAAGAAGAUGUGCUUCCUUUUCUUGGUCAACUACUCAAGGAUGAAGCCCGAGAUUGCAGUAAAAGCAAUCCCGGUGCUCGAGCAGGAUAUGGAAGACUCAAACCCCUUGGUCAGGGCUCUCGCUCUUCGGACAAUGUCUUAUGUCCAUGUCAAAGAAUUCGUCCAGGCCACAUUCCCUCUGGUCAAGCGCUUACUCAAGGAUAACGACCCCUACGUACGAAAAACGGCCGCUUUCUGUGUGGCGAAGCUCUAUGACCACGACAAGCAGAUGGUUGAGAAGUCGGACCUGAUUGAGCGUUUGAAUCAGUUACUCCGGGACGACAAUCCGACAGUGGUAGCCAGCGCCCUGGCUGGCUUGAUGGACAUCUGGGAGCGUAGCGACAACAUCAAGCUCACGAUUGAUUACAGCAAUGCGUCAAAAAUGGUUGCCAUCCUGCCUGAUUGUUCCGAGUGGGGCCAAACAUAUAUCCUUGAAGCCCUCAUGUCCUACGUACCACAGGAGUCUGGCGAGGCGACUCUGCUUGCAGAGCGGAUUGCCCCGCGGCUUUCUCAUUCCAAUUCCGCGGUCGUACUGACAUGCAUUCGUGUCAUUCUGUACCUCAUGAACUACAUCGCCAACGAGAAACAAAUUUCAGCCUUGUGUCGGAAGUUGUCACCACCUCUGGUGACACUACUUGCAAAGGGUCCAGAGGUGCAAUAUCUGGCUCUCCGUAAUGCACUUCUUAUCCUGCAGAGAAGGCCCGACGUUCUCCGAAACGACAUCCGCGUCUUCUUCUGCAAGUACAACGACCCUAUCUACGUCAAGGUGACGAAACUCGAGCUCAUCUUCAUGCUCGCCAACGAAAAGAACAUCGACGAGGUUUUGACUGAGCUGCGAGAAUACGCCACCGAGGUCGACGUCCAUUUUGUACGGAAAGCGGUUCGCGCCAUUGGCAAGCUGGCCAUUAAGAUUGAGCCGGCUGCGCGAAGGUGCAUCAACCUGUUGCUGGAACUGGUCGCCACAAAGGUGCCAUAUAUUGUCCAGGAAGCAACCGUGGUAAUACGGAACAUUUUCCGCAAGUACCCCAACCAGUACGAGUCGAUCAUCGGAACGCUGUGUGAGCACCUGGACUCUCUAGACGAGCCAGAGGCCAAGGCGGCCAUGGUAUGGGUCAUUGGGCAGUACGCGGACCGUAUCGAGAACAGUGAUGUCCUUCUUGAGGACUUCCUGUACUCUUUCGCCGAGGAGCCCGUCGAGGUCCAGCUGGCACUGCUGACGGCCACCGUCAAGCUCUUCAUUCAAAGGCCCACAAAGGGUCAAGACCUCGUGCCCAAGGUGCUCAAAUGGGCUACGGAGGAAACUGAUAACCCUGAUCUGCGCGACAGAGCAUACAUGUACUGGCGUCUGCUCAGUUCCGACAUCAACGUGGCCAAGCAGAUCGUCAUGGGCGACAAGCCGCCAAUCACAGCCGAGUCCGAAAAGCUCGACCCUCAGACCCUCGAAGAGAUGUGUCUGAGCGUCGGCACUCUCGCAACCAUCUACCUCAAGCCCGUGCAGACUGUGUUCCGCUCUGCGCGGCCCCGAAAGCUCGCGGACUCGCCUGCGCUCCAGAAACACCUCCUCCCAACGUCGCAGAACCUGCCGAGUUUCGAAAACGCCAAGAGUCUCAGCAUGCUCGGCAUGGGCGGCCAGCCGGCCGUCAUCCGGCCCGGGCAGAACAACGGAGGCAACAUGAAUGACGCGGUCAAUGAUGCCGACGCCUAUUUUGCGGGCAUCGGCAGCCAGCAGAUGGCCGCCAUGGGAAUCCAUAACCACGGCGACACAUUCGGAGACAACAACGGCACCGAGGCCGGAUAUGUGGUCAACCAGUACAAUCCGCAGCAAGUGUAUCAGCCUGCGCAGGGGGUGGGGAGCAAUGGUGACUUGCUGAUGCUGUAA